AAAAGGAAAAUAAAGGAUUGGGUUUUGGAAAUAUCAGAUGUGGGCAACGAAACUCGACCGGAACCAAUCGUUCCUUCUGUGAAGCUCUUGGAUUCUAGAGAUGGGCAGCACAAGCACCACCAGCUCUGCUCUAGUCCACCAUUUCCGCCUCACCACUCGCAACUUGGAUUCGCCUACAAAGCGUCCUCACGCUGUAAAUUUCUGCAGUUCGUGGAGGGAAGCUGGACUCCGAUACGCUGUGACGCAACGCCGGAGCAAAGGCUUAGGCCGCUUGUCAGCUCUGGAUGAUAGUUCUGACGAUUCACCAACGGAGUCCACCCCCGGCGCUGGCUCUGCUGUAGAAGACAGACCACCAGCUGUGUCCUUUGAGCAAGAAGAUAGAGCAAGUCCGGUCUAUGAGUUUCUCUAUCCCCGUAAAGAGGAGCUCCCUGAUGACAAAGAAAUGACUAUAUUCGAUCAUCUCGAGGAGCUCCGGGAGAGGAUAUUUGUCUCGGUUUUGGCUGUGGGAGCUGCAAUCUUGGGAUGCUUCGCCUUCUCCAAAGAUCUUAUUGUCUUUCUUGAAGCUCCCGUCAAAACUCAGGGUGUGCGGUUUCUGCAGCUUGCUCCAGGCGAAUUUUUCUUCACAACUUUAAAGGUCUUCUUCUUCAACUAGCUAAUUUUAAUUAUC